AUGGCAGAUGAUGCUCGCUAUCAUUGCCUUCUUUGUGCAGAGGCCUUUGCCAGAUGGUCAGCUUGCAACUUACAUGGAUGGACGGUUCAUGGGCAGACUUUUGAUAGGCAGGAGUGUGAAAGAGUUGCGAUUUGUCGGUCUAUGCCCUUCAAAGAACUGUUUCGGCGAUAUGCGCUUGCGCCAAGCAGACCGGCAGAAGUUCGUUUGCAAGUUUUGAAGCUGCAGGAUGUAUGGCGAAGUGCCGUCUUUCAGGAAGGACUCCAAUAUCAGAAGCACACUCAAACAUUCCAUGGCAUUCCUGGGCAUGAGACCGAGUUCAUUUUGUGGUACCUCUUUGCGGCUCGAAUGUUUUACCUGGCAGGGCCUCAUGUGUACCAUUCACUGGGUCGGAAACAACCCCUUCGGUGGGAGAAGUGGGGGCAACCUACAUACCGCGCACCCACCACGCCGCUUUUUACAGAAUGGCCUUGGUGGGAAUACAGCCCGCAGCUUCUUUCAGAACCACCAAAACAUAUCGGCAAAGAUGCCCUCCUGGGCCUGGUUGUUGUUCAUGAAGCCCGCCGUCCCCGGGAAGACUUCUUGGAGUUCUUGGAACAUGCAUUGUCCACAUGGUGGUGUGCCAGUCGUGAAGACCGGGAAGAUAUUCUGGCAUCGUUGUUUGAUAUGGACGCAAUUGCAGCAGUCUUAGCAUUCUUGCUUGAAGAUGGCGGUGGCUACUUACACUUGUUCUUGGCCACAGUUGAACGUGUCUUUUGGUCACGUCGGUCACGUUCUGUUGUUUUUGGCUUGGCUUUGUGCAAUCGAACCACUCUCGACCCGUUCUCAAGCCAUUAUGCCACCGAAGUAAGAGAAACCAUGGAAGAGUUCGACUUGAUGGAGGAGGAAGAUCACGUUGACGAUCGCACAGCAGUACCGCUGUUUAACUUGGUCUGUCUCAUGCGGCAUCUUUUCGAUGCUGAUGUAGCAUGGAAAAGAUGA